AUGUUUAAUGAUUUAAAUCUAAAUGCUCCUUUGAUGUCAUUCUUGUGUUUAAGCUUCUUUAGUAGAACAUGUUGUCAAUGAAUAUAAACUACAGUCUACACUACCAUAUAUAUCAAUUCUAUGUAUCAAUAUUUUAAUACUGCAUAGCAGCAUCAUGUUUAAUUCUCUUUGUUCCUGGAAGUUGUUUUCACCUCAGUUUGCAUUUCUGCAAGUGAGGAUUGUACUUUCUUCUACUGUUGCCCUCAGAGAUCUGCUGAAGGACAGCUUUGUUUUUCUGUGAUGGAGUAAUAGUCUGUGCAAUUCUGCAGGGACUUGUUGGUCGCGGUCAUACAGGACAACGCCACCUUCCAGGAUUAUGGGGUAACAAGUGGGAGCUGCCGAGCAGCAGCCACGCAGAACUGCAGCAAACAUGGUGGAGGCCGAGUUUAUCCUCUCUGAGUCCAUCCUCAGACAUCAGACCCUUUCUCCAUGAACUCAGACUGAGCUGGCUCCGCCCCUCGUGUUCAGCUGUGGAUGUGAGGAAAAAGGCGAGCAACAAUGUGACAGACAACACAAACGCCUCUGAUCGCCCUGAUCCGCGUCCGUCUGGAAUUCUUCUGAUUCCCAGUGAGAGCGGAGAGGAAGCCGUGCGGAUCCACACACAGCCGCCUGCUCACUGUGCAGCCAUCGACCACCAGCGGGAACAACAUGGACCUCCGUGCACCCCCAUCCUCAUCAUCCCUAUCCAGCACCGAGGACCGACACUCGUUUUAAGGGUCCUGUUACAUACUGGCCGACACAUGGAAACCAAGAAAUAGAAGCAUCAACUCAGGCCCCCUCCAGCUGACUCAGGGGCUCAGGGUGACAACGUGGCUUCUUUGCCCAGCUGAGCAGGGCUUUAUGUGAGUGGGAGCUGAUGAAUUCCAGUAUGAGGCAGUGGCGAAGACUUGUGCUGGCAGGGAUGCUGGCCUGGGGUCUCCUCUUCCUUGCCCUCCUUUCUUACUUUCUGGACGCUCACGUGACCGAGCCUCUGUUCUCCUCUGGCUCCACCCUCUCUCAGCACCCGGACACGCGCCGCCUCGCCUCCAUUCAGGCCUCCCAUCCGCAGCACGCCACCACUUCCGUUCCCAGGGACAAGCCGGAGCAGGAGCCAGAGUCGGAGCCUGAGCCGAAGACCUCUCCCAGCUCCUUGACCCCAGAGUCAAGUCUGGAGGUGAGCCACAGUCCCAACGUUGCUCCGUACGUCACCUACGGUAGCCAAGAAGGCCAUCAGGAUUACCUGGACCCCCAGAGCCUGGCAGCUUGGUCCUCCUUUGGUACAGAGAACAUAGGUUCCUACUCAGAUCCUGCAGUCCAGAGUCGUGAGAGAACAUCUCAGACCACAGAGUAUCAGAACAAUGCCAUCGAGGAUGAAGGGGAAGAAGGGGAUGAAGAAGAGAAGGAAAAUGAAGAUGAAGACCUAGGGAACAGAAUACGGGACAGGAGGCACGGCGGCGGGGACUCCUCUGACCUGGAGGCGUCUCAUUUCGCCAAGUCGGCCUCUGUGGUGCAGCGCCUGUGGCGAGGCCACGUGUCCACGGGCAUGCUGAGCCCUCGGCUCCAGCGCGCAAUGAAAAACUAUGUGAACGCCAACAAACACAACGUAUCGUACCAGGGUCACCGCAGAGCGGCGCAGAGCGCCAAGGAGCUGCUGUGUCAGAUGAAAGCGCAGGCCAAGCUGAGGACGGUGGACGGCUCGGAGCAGCCCUUCUCCUCGCUCGGCUGGGCUCGCCUUGUGCCGGCCCUCCCACUUAGACAUCUGUAUAAGCAACAAGAGAAGCGCAGCUUCAAGACGUGUGCCGUGGUCACCUCGGCCGGUGCCAUCCUGCACUCCAGACUGGGCAGAGAAAUAGACGCUCAUGACGCAGUUUUACGCUUCAACGCCGCUCCUACGACGGGAUACGAGAGAGACGUGGGGAAAAAAACCACCAUUCGAAUCAUCAACUCGCAGAUUCUAACUGAUCCGAGACACCAUUUCAGCACAAGCUCCAUCUACAAGAAUGUGACUCUGGUGGCCUGGGACCCUGCACCUUACAACGUCAACCUACACAAGUGGUACGCCAGCCCAGACUACAAUCUCUUUGGUCCAUAUGUGGAGCAUCGUAAGCUGCAUCCUGACCAGGCAUUCUACAUCCUUCACCCCAGCUAUCUGUGGCAGCUCUGGGACAUGAUCCAGGCCAACACUCAGGAGACUAUCCAGCCCAAUCCUCCCUCAUCUGGUUUCAUAGGCAUCCUCCUGAUGAUGGCGCUGUGCGAGCAAGUUCACGUGUACGAGUACAUUCCCUCCAUGAGGCAGACCGCCCUAUGCCACUACCACGAGCGUUACCAUGACGAUGCCUGUACACUGGGUGCCUACCAUCCCCUGUUGUUUGAGAAGAACCUGAUCCAGCGGAUCAACGUGGGCCCUUUGGGUGACCUCAAGAGCAAGGGCCGGGUCACUCUCCCUGGUUUCAGCACCGUCCAGUGCGGCGUCUGAGAUGUGUAACACAGAACUCCUGUGGAUGCCAACGUGCGCGCACACACACACUGGCCUUUGCUGGGCCAUGAAGGGAGAGGUGCAAUAAAGCCACUGAAGACACGGAGGUUGAAGCUUACAAGAUUUAAAUUAGACCCAUGAAGAACAUAAGCCAUAUCCCUCCAGGGAAGGAUCAACGCACAGGCUCCUGGAAGAACUGGUCUUUAUCCAGAUGGUUCACUGAACACCAGAGAUGGAUAUGAAAAAAACCCGGAUGUUUCUCUCUGCUUUAGCUGAGCCACGUUAGCUGUGGAGCUGACUAGGAGUAGCAACAUGUCAUUGUUUUUAGAUCGAGUGAAUUUUUUAAUAGGUGGGUGUGUUUCAGCCAUGUAAAUUGUGUGUUUUUUUUGCAAUAGUAUGGUUGGUUGGUUCUUCACUGAAAGGAAAAAAACCACUGAUGGCGACAGUGGAGAUUUUCUUUUUUUUUUUGUUCUGCUCCAAAGGGGUUGUGAGCAAGCAGUAAAGCUGUGAAUGUCACACUGAUAAAGAAGAACGCGCAGCAUCUUCAAACUGAUGGUCAGGCUGUCACCUCUGUCAUUUAUUGCUGUCCUUUUUUUUAUUGCUUUGUAUAAGGCUUUUGACAUUCCUCUGAUGUCAUCAAAUGACGUUGGAAUUUUGAGUUGAGGGUUCAAGAUUGUCUCUUUAUCGUACGCACAGAUGGACUUCACGGCAGGCUUACACUUUUGUUAAACUGUAGAAAAAUCCAGAUUUGUGACUUAUUCAGACUGGUAGUCAUCCUUUUAGAUGGGCUAUUGGCUUUUUGCUAAUCAGUGCAAAGUGAUGCGUCGCUGUUACUGAUCUGAGGUCGUGCUGCUCCAAAGAGCUAAAUCUGGUUUUUACUCCUUUUUGUGCUUCCUCUCACCGUAGAUGUUUGGUUUCAGACGACACACGGAAUAUGAGCUUCAUUGCAGCGUACAUUUCCAGGUAGACAUUUCUUGUUCACAUUUUGGGACUUUUUUUUAAUUCAUGGUCAUAAGGCCUUGAACACAGGAAUGUUCAUGUCCUUCAGACAUUUGGUGAUAUUUCUUGAGGAUGUGAAGUAAACGGUGUGUUCACACUUUCCUUUAUUGGUUUGCACCAAAGCAGAAUUUUUUACGGUAAGUCCUGGUUCUGAUUGGACAGCCUGUUGAUAUCAGUGGAAGUGUUCUUUUUUUUCCCCAGAGGACUUCAUUGUCCUUUUUCUUGGUGCCCAUCAAACCAAACACGUUAAGCAUGAACACACCUGAAGUGAAUGGGUCCAAAACAGAGGUGCUCAGAGAAGCCGUAACCCUGUGCCUGGUGCUCGACCGAACGCUUCCCUCUUUGCCCAGAGACUGUUCAGAUUCCUGAUACUGUGGCAGGUCUGGCAGUGUUGACGUCGCUGAACGGAUUUGUGUGAGAGGAUUCUCAGCGAUCAACUCGCCUCCUGUCGUCCCCCAUUUUCACUUCCUUCUUUAUUGAAUGUAAUUUCACCACCGUGUGGCCAAAACCACAGCUCACGGCUGCAGCUCAAAGCAGGGUAAUUUCCUCUAGCGUGUAACCCAUUUCCUUUAUCUAUCAAUGUCUCAUAUUUUCUCAGUCCUCCGUUAUUGGACUUUUUCCCAUCCGUCACACACAGAGGAUGAUUUGGCUUUUAAUGGUUUCAACAGGAUUGCGUCACAUCUACGACGAGCUCUGCUGUUGCAUGUUCAUCGUGGGGAAGAGGUUUAGCGUGGGUUUGUUUUGCUGCAGGUCAGAGGAAAGUCUUAGCUGCAGUUGUGCUACUGUGUUUAAAAAAUAUUUACAACUUGUGCCAUGGAUCGUGGUUUAUUGAAAGAUGUGAAAACUGAUCAGAGAAACCGUCGCUGUGAAUAGACUUAUUAACGUGGACGAAGACGGCUCUGUAAGUAGUUGUAUGGUGUAGAUGAUUCUGGGGCUGGUAUUGUCCAUAAUGUCUGAGUGUUAGUGUAGACGGAGACUCAGAACAACAGCUUUUUCAGAACAACAAAGUUAAACAUUGCUGUGUUUGAAGGUCACGGAGCCACAUACCAUUACCAUGGCCUGAACUUAUCUUUUUGACUUUCAACACAUCUGCUACUGGGCACUCUAGUGUGUGUGUGUGUGUGUGUGUGUGUGUGCAGUCAUAUGUAAUAUUGUUGGUUUUUCUCAGACACAGAGAGGCUUUGUUAUCUCAGUAAUUCUCCGUUGGCAUAUUUGAGAUUGUACAACUGUGAAAGCUUAGGUAUUCCAUUUGUCUGCCGAGGAGAAGUGUUGAGCUUACAAGACUGAAAUAAUAUUCAGACCUCUGCUCUGGUGUCUGGGAGAACCUGAACUGUAAUGAACAUUUUCAUUCCUCAAUACAAUGUUGAACUGCUGUCAAACUCUCGAACUCAACGUAACGCCACCGUCAUGUUAGGUCAGAAAGGCUAGCUAAGAUCGUGACAACGUCGCAGUCAGGAAUCCGUUUUUCUGAACAAUCCAAGAACGUAAGGAGUACUUGGAGUACACUUAGAGCGCCCUCUUCUUCAUCAUGGUGUUACUACAUCAGAGUCUAAAAUAAUUGGAAUGGCACAAAGUUGAAUAUUUAUCAGCCAAAUUGAGUUAACUCUAGGAGUAUCAUGAACUCUGCUGUCAAACAGACCGAGCUGACAGUUGAAUAUUCCUCUGCCAAGUUUGUAAUGAGUGAAUUGAAUGACAAUUAAAUGAAAUAAUCAGACAGUAAUGACUAAUUCAGUGAAUUACAGGUGUGGUCAAAAAGUACUUCAUCACAUUGAUGCAAAGUCCCGCAGAUCAAUUAUUGCCAAGACAGCGGUUGUGCUCAUUGAUUUGCCGCAUCUUCCUCCACGGUCUGUAGAUAGUGAAGAAUAUGCUGUGUCAGUAGAAAUGGUCUGUGGAUACAGUAUGUGCUGUGUCCGUGUACGUCAGCUGUCAAGAUACUUGUAUAUUAUUAAAAUGCACCUGUGCCCGUAGCAUCCAUUGAGACAUUUUUGCGUUACGUGCUGACCUUUGAUACCCAGCCCCGGUCUCAGACUUUUUAGGACUAAGAAUUUGUAAAAGCAUGUCAAGAAAAAAGGUGGAAGAGGCGACAGAGAGGACUUUAAUGGGACUUUACCGUGUAUAUGUGGGUGUAUAAUGUUAGUGUUUUACGAUGGAAUCUGUGAGAUUGUUACCCGUAGUUUAGGGUCACAAAGGUCAAAAUCGGGAAGACGUUUUUACAAACCAUUAUUACAGUACUAUACCAUUGGUUGCAUCCAAUAAAAUAAUGUUUACACUGACGAUGGCUUAGUCAAACAAACACAACGGUGUCUUGUUAGUGACCAACGUAUGUUGCAUAGCAGUGGUGAUGAUAUUUUGAGCAGUCUCAAACACUGACUUUACAAGAUAACUAAGUCCAUGUUUGAAGAAAUGUAGAAACUGAUUUUCUUUUUCUACUUUCUUUCACACUGAGGAUGCAGAAACCCUGGACCUAUUCCACGUGUAUAUGUUUUAAUGAUGCGAUCACUUUCUGACGCACACAGCACGGGGGGUGAGAUCGAGGCUGUAACUGAAGCGCCCUCUGCUGCAGGGAGACGAUGAAGUUGUUUCAGUAGGAGUCGAGAAAAUAACUUUUUUUUUAAAUUUGUCUCAGAUAGUGAUAUGAAGAUUUCAGUGCAUGUCCGUAGGAUGUAGCUGAAGUACAGGUACCAAUACUUUCUUAAAAGUACCCAAUUUGGUACAAAUACCUGUGGGUUUUUAUAUUGGCAUCCUGAGUUGUUCCUGGGUCGGACUUUUAAAAUGGCUAAUUAAAGGAUUGGUUCCAGAGCCAUUGUGUUGGCAGGGAUGCUAAAGCAGCACAUAACUGAGUUCCUCUUCAAUGCAACAGGUUCAAGGCUGGUGUUAGAGACAGGUCGUUGUUGUUACAUCAGUCGACCAGAGGUGGAGCUGUGAGAUAAAAGAGUGUGUUGGGAGAGACACCUUGUUACGUUUAUCCUCCUACAAGCCUCCUCACUCACUCACAUGUGUUGUUUUUACGCCAUGUUGUGGGACUUGCUGCACCACACACUGCCUCUAGAGGAUGGUCCAACAAAUAAGUGGUAAUAACAAAUGUUUGUUUGAAGAGGAGGGGGUCAACGAAGGGGCAUCUAUAUCUGAACACAAUGAGAGUGAAGUGGUCUUUCACUCCCAGCAGCCUUAGGGUGUUCCUCUUUUUUAUCUUGACGUUGAUUUUUCAGUGAUUUCUCUUCUUAUAACACUUGAAUUAAUAUUUAAAAGACCAUUUUUAUGAUUGCGAUGUUGUAAAUUUGUCCUUUUUUACUGUGUAAAUAAAGAUGUUGUUCAUGUCAAA